CGUACUGGUAGUCCCUUACCAGAACUGCGACGAGCAAAACGACUAGCGGAAACUGGGUACGCAGCGACCUAUAGUAGUCAUGUUAGAAGGCAAUGACAACAUUGGGAGCAAUCCUGCGGGUGCUGCUACGGGCUUACGAAGGCGUCGUGGAGUCGUAGACAUGGCACCGGAUCUAAACAACGAGAACGACGCGACCGCGGCACACGAAAUCCUAGAGGCCGUGCAUCCGCCACAGCGACCCUUGAACAAUCCUCUUCCUCGCCAACACUCCGCUUCUCGUGUUGCGUCUACUGCGUCAUCAUUCACAGCACGAAGGAUGUCCUCGUGGUACGGAUGGUUGUCCGCGGUGGCGGCUUGUCUAGCGAUUGUCACUACGAAUCAGCCAGAGCCGUUCUGGCAGUUGGUUCGUGAAUGCGUUCCGGCGGGUAUCGUAGAACCAGCGACUUCGAUAAUUCUCUCUGGCGCAAAGUCCACCCCGUCAACGUUGACCUGGAAUACCGAAGCAUGGGGAGGAUUCUUCUCCUUCUUGACGCCGCCAUCGUCGACUUCUACUACAGAAUUUUGGAGCAACGGUAUGGAACAGCGUCAAGAAAUUUCGUCUCCUAUCGUUGAGGAAAAUAAUCGAAAAGUUCCGAAGUACUUAGAGACGAAGGGAGGGGGGAUUCCUGUCUGGUUACGCUGGAUUCCAGGAAUUUACUCCCCAGCUCCCAGUCCUUCAUUGUCCGAAGGCACUGCUUUUACCAAAAAUAGAAAGGAUUCCAGCAGCAUGGCCGCUGCGAUACGGGGCAAGCUCGAUUCGUUCGAAACGACGAUCCUUCAAGCGGCCUUUACAGUAGCUGCGACGGUAGAAGUUAUCGUUUGGACGACGCUUUCACUGAUCUCAAAAUGGCCCGCUGUUUUGAAGUCGCUCGUUGAUCCGGCCAUUCUGCAUCCGUCAGCGAGUACGACUGCGACCGACCUGAUCGAUAAAAUACUUACUUCGACACCACGUUUACUCUGUAUUGCCAACAUCUUCUUGGCAGUCACGUAUAUCUUUCAUCAAGCCGUGGCGGAGUGGUUCUUGGGUUCGAAUGGUUCCAGCCGCCGCGAUAUGGCGAGUCGGGAACAACGGCUGGGUGGCUUUCUUGUAUUCAAGUUACUACUUAUUUCAGCGGUUGUGGGGCCCGACACGCUUGAUCUCCUAAUACUACUCUCCUGGUAUACCUGCCUUUCCUUGUUGCGGUCGCUCGGUGUAUUGUGUGCGAAUGUUACUACCCACACAUCCCAGUCGGGCCAACCCCCUCGCCCGGGAGUGUGGCACUUGUUGACGGGUGUACUUGUGGCAGACUUUUUGGCCGCUGCCGUAUGUGUUGGUCUCUUUCACGGGGCAGGAUGGGGUAUGGUGGCUCUCCUUACCUGUGACUGUGCCUUACUGGCCAUGGACAUUAUUUGUCACCUGCUGUCCCAUUUGUCACAGGUGUUAGAGCAACAACACGGAAGAGUCGUUCAACGUUGGCAAGAGCAGCGGGGACUCGGCGAAGAGCCUGUUAGUACAGGUAGGGUUUGGAGGUUUCCCGAGUCAGCAGAAGGGAUCAACGAACAUGAUAGUGUCGAUGCGGAUACUGCGCCGGAUCAAGGUCCAUCGGCUGGAAUGGAGCACCGUCUCGAACAGUAUGAAAAGCAACAUUCGCGUCGUGUUGCUAUUCUGGAUUCUACUAUUUUCGCCUUGCAGCUAGGAGGCCACGUCUUAACCGUCGCGCAUUUUUUACAUAUUUGGAAAGUGCACGGUUUCCAAUUUACCUUAAUUGACGGUGUCUUGGCCCUGCAUCUGAAUUCAGCGAUCACCAGUCUCUCGAAGAAGAUUGCCUCCCGACGGAAUUUGCACCGAAUUGCCCGUGAUUUGAACACGACCUUUGUAGAUGCCUCGGAAUGGGAUUUACGGAAAGCUGCAGCCUCCGGUGAUGUCUGCUGUAUUUGUUUGGGAGUCCUUACAAGCGAUGUCAAGAAAAUAUCCUGCGGACACUUGUAUCAUACGCAGUGUCUUCGGGAAGUUGUUGCGCGGGCCAGAUCCAUGCAGACGGCACGAUGUCCCUUGUGUCGAGCUUCGGUAGUCGAUGGACGGUAUGCGAAUGAUACAAGCACCGCGAUACCCCGAAAUGAGCGAGGCGCUGAGGUCAACGAAGCCACGUUGGACCAAGCUUCAGGCAGACCACCAGACACUGUCGGAGUAGCACCUACAGCAGGCCCAAAUGCGAUAGGAACACUUCCCAACGGCGGGAAUGCUCUUUUUCGUUUCUCAACCGAAGGCAUCUUUCCCGCUUGGUUGCCAUUGCCCGGAUUCUCCUUCGAAGUCGUCCGACGCACAGCCGCCACAAGCAAUGCGAACACUACCGUUGAUUUAGUACCUUCACAGAUUCCUGAACCAUCUUUUAUAAGGCGUUUCCUGAUAUUGGCGGGGGCUAUUCCAUUGUCGCCGGAAGAGGAAGCUGUGGCUAUGGAGCAACUAGUCGACAUGUUUCCACAAUACGAUCGGGCUGAUUUGUUGCGGGAGUUACGAGCAAGAGGAUCGUCCGAGGGCGUUGCGGAAAUUAUACUCCUGGGGGCGUUUACAGGAAUACCGCGUGGUGGGGGCGGGGACGGCUUUUGAGAAAGAAGGGGAAGUUCGCCAAUGAAUGUGGCGGGCAGAUUUAAGCCUCCCUCAGAUCAACCAAAGAAAAAUAUCUGGUUUGAAGAGCGCUCAUUUGCAAAUCCCCCAAAUGUCUAAGUCUUAUGGCGUACAAAUAGUACACGUGUAUAAUUGC